UACACAGUAAGAGUACCAAAGUCCCUCAAAAAGAAAUACAAUGUGAUGCGAUUUCACACAGCCUUGGGGGUGGACUUCAAAACAUGGAAUCACACCAAGAUGGAGAGAGAGAACAACAUGAAGGAGUUCAAGAGCUUGGAUGAUGAGAUGCCCAAGUAUGGGGCAGGGUCUGAGUUCGGCCGUGACCAGAGAGAGGAGGCAAGGCGAAAGAAAUAUGGCAUCCACAUGAAGAAAUACCGACCAGAAGACCAGCCAUGGAUCCUCCAUGUUGGUGGAAAGAAUGGAAAAAGUGGAUAUAAAGGAAUCAGAGAAGGUGGUGUCUCGGAGAACUCCUCGUGGUAUGUGUUUAUGCAGGGUAAAGAUGGGGCCUUUGAAGCGUACCCUGUCGAAGAGUGGUAUAAGUUCAGUCUUGUUCCUAGGUACAAGGCCCUCAAUGCAGAGGAAGCAGAAAAGGAGUUUGAAAGGCGCGACAAAAUUAUGAACUACUUCUCAGUGAUGUACCAGAAGAAACUUAAGAAAGAUGGAGGAGAGGAAGGAGAGGAAGGAGAAGAGGCCACAAAGAAGAAGGGAUCCUCAAGCAAGAACUUGAGACUGUCAGAAAUGGAUGAUUGGAUGUCUGAUGAUGAGUCAGGGAGCAAUGAAGAAAUUGAUGAAGAGGAACGGGAAAUGCAAAAGAAGAAGAGAAAGUUCAGUCCAAAGGCAGACACCAACAUGGGGAAGAAGAAGAAGAAUCCAGAUGGAGACAGUGAAGAAGAUUGCCUGGAGGAGAGUGAUGAAUACAAUGAUGGGGCUGAGCACGAUUAUAUCUCAAGUGAUUCUUCAGACUCUGAAGCUGCAAAUGAUGAGGUUGUCACCAAGGAGUUGGCAGGAGUUGAUGAAGCAGAUGCCCUGAGGAAACUCCUAGGCUCUGAAGAUGAGGAAGAGGAGGAGAAGGAGAAGGAGAAAGAGGAGGAGGAUGAGGAGAAAAAGGAAGGGGAGGAGAAGGAGGAGAAGGAGAAGAAAAAGAAGAAGAAGAAGAAAAAGGAUAAGAAGAAAGAUCAAGAUAUUUUACUGUCAAGUAGGAUAGAGCAAUGCAUUACAGAGCUGAGAUUGGAAACUAUUACAUGGCAGUGCUUACAGUAUUGGCAAGCAGACUCUGAUGCCAAGACCUCUGACACCAGUGAUGACGAAAAGAAGAAGAAAAAGAAGGAUAAAGAUGAUAAGAUGUCUGACAAGGACAAAAAUGAAGAGGAUGGGACUGGCAAGCGUAAAUUGGGGAAAUCGGGCACAUCAGAUAGCCUUGCCAAGAAGGCUCGCUCUGACAUCCCAACACCUGGGUCUUCCACUCCCUUGGUGGCCCCUGGCAGUGACAGUGGUGUAACAGAGGAAGCUAUCAGACGAUACCUGAUGCGCAGACCCAUGACCACAACUGAGCUCCUCCAGAAAUUCAAACUUAAGAAGAAGACAGGCCUGAGCUCCGACCAACUUGUCCAGGCCAUUGCCCAUAUCCUGAAGCGCAUCAACCCAAUAAAACAGAUGGUGACUGGGAAAAUGUAUCUGUCACUGAAGCAAUAGGCCUUAUUCCGAUGAUUUCUUUUUAGUUCUUUUUCUCCACUAAUAUGCGAUAAUGCUGGUUUGUGAUGAACGAAUGGUUAUUAUUUUAUAUUCUUGUUUAGAUUAUACACAAGUUUUUUGAUGCUGACUACAUACUGCAUGAAGUUAGGCCAAAUGAAUUAUAUUUCUUAUUUUGCAAUGUAGAGGUAUUGUUACUGCCUCUUCCAUAUAUUUAUAUAAAUAUAUAUAGCCAUUCAGUAGUAAUGUUACCAUCCAGUACAGGGCAUGAUUGACAUUAUAUUCCAUUUGUGAGUGAGCAGUGUAAAUGUGAUUUUAUUUUAAAUGAUAACACCCUUUAUGUAUGACAUUGUAUAAAAGUAAUAAAAUACUGAACAUAAAA